AAGUCCAGAGCUUUGCAGUUUAUUUUUUUUUUUCCUUUUAGUCUUUCGUUAUUUUACUUUCUCUCUCUUUUCCUUUAUUGUUUUUUUUUAAUUGCACAUUUGAUAGUUUAUUGAGCAAAGUAAGAAAUCUUGUCAAGGUAAACCCAUAUCGCUGCUAUUUUUUUUUCACCUCCCAUGGCUAAAGUCUCGGCGUCGAUGGUAGCACAGAAGCCGAUGGAAGGGUAGCGCGUCCCCAAUCCCCAGGUUUGGUGUUCGGCGUUCAUGCGCCACCAGGUCCCGGAGCAGCUGGGCUGUUGCUCCUCUCUGGUGCUGGCUGAACCAGGCAGCACGGUGAGUGAGAGAUGGACCGCUUCCUGGGUUUUGUCAAGCAGAUAAGAAGAUCUAGGAGAAGAAAGGGGAAAAAGUACCGACCAGAAGAGGAUUACCACGAGGGCUAUGAGGAUGUCUAUUAUUACGCCUCAGAGCAUUUUCGAAAUGAGAGCCCCUACACUAAAUCCGCCAGCCAGACAAAGCCGCCUGAUGGAGCGUUGGCUGUGAGGAGACAGAGCAUCCCAGAGGAAUUCAAGGGCUCCACCGUGGUUGAGCUGAUGAAGAAGGAAGGCACUACCCUCGGGCUGACGGUAUCGGGUGGAAUUGACAAGGAUGGCAAGCCACGCGUGUCUAACCUGCGGCAAGGGGGAAUUGCUGCCAGAAGCGAUCAGCUGGAUGUGGGUGACUACAUCAAAGCAGUGAAUGGGAUCAACCUGGCCAAGUUCCGCCAUGAUGAGAUCAUCAGCUUGCUGAAGAACGUUGGGGAAAGAGUGGUUCUUGAAGUCGAGUAUGAGCUGCCGCCAGUCUCUGUUCAAGGAUCGAGUGUUAUUUUCCGAACGGUGGAGGUCACAUUACAUAAAGAAGGCAAUACCUUUGGUUUUGUAAUCCGAGGAGGGGCACAUGACGAUAGAAAUAAAUCUCGUCCAGUUGUAAUAACGUGUGUUCGUCCCGGAGGACCUGCUGACAGAGAGGGCACCAUCAAACCUGGCGACAGGUUGCUCAGUGUGGAUGGAAUUCGGCUUCUUGGAACCACGCAUGCCGAAGCCAUGAGUAUUCUUAAACAGUGUGGACAAGAAGCAACGCUGCUGAUAGAAUAUGACGUCUCAGUGAUGGAUUCUGUGGCAACAGCGUCCGGGCCACUGCUAGUUGAAGUUGCCAAAACUCCUGGUGCCAGCCUUGGGGUUGCCCUGACUACCUCGAUGUGCUGUAACAAACAGGUCAUUGUCAUAGACAAAAUCAAAUCUGCAAGUAUUGCGGACAGAUGUGGCGCUCUUCACGUGGGAGAUCACAUCCUGUCCAUCGACGGAACCAGCAUGGAGUACUGUACAUUGGCAGAAGCCACCCAGUUCCUGGCCAACACCACUGACCAGGUCAAGCUGGAGAUUCUUCCCCAUCAUCAGACCCGCCUGGCCCUGAAGGGACCUGAGCAUGUGAAAAUUCAGAGGAGCGACAGGCAACUUGCGUGGGAUUCCUGGGCCAGCGACCACUGCAGCCUUCACACCUACCAAUACCCUAAUGCGUCCCACCCCGACCGUUGCAGAGCUCAGGCCCUGCCAGCCCCAAAGGCGCCUCCUCCCAACAGCCCUCCAGCUUUGGUGUCUUCACCCUUCUCUCCUACCUCCAUGAGUGCAUACAGCCUGAGUUCCCUGAACAUGGGGACUUUACCUCGAAGCCUCUACUCCACUAGCCCUCGCGGGACCAUGAUGAGGAGGAGACUGAAAAAGAAAGACUUCAAAAGCUCACUGUCUUUAGCCUCGAGCACAGUGGGCCUGGCUGGGCAGGUCGUUCACACAGAAACCACAGAAGUUGUGCUGACAGCCGAUCCCGUCACAGGAUUUGGGAUCCAACUGCAGGGCAGUGUGUUUGCCACGGAGACGCUCUCUUCGCCACCUCUGAUUUCCUAUAUUGAAGCUGACAGCCCAGCCGAGAGAUGUGGGGUGCUACAGAUUGGAGACAGAGUGAUAGCCAUUAAUGGGAUUCCAACUGAAGACAGCACCUUUGAGGAAGCCAACCAGCUCCUCCGAGACUCUUCAAUCACGAGCAAGGUCACACUGGAAAUCGAGUUUGAUGUUGCAGGUAUGGUCACCAGCGGUAAGCUGAAGCGGUUUAUGGAAGCUACCAGUAUGAUGCUAUUCCUGGAUGAAGACGGAGAUGUGACACAUAAGCUUGUCAGACAUGUUUGUCAGCCUGUCUAUGGAGCUACAGCUCCAUUUAUGCAACUUAUCGCCAUAUUGGAAUCACUUGGCGGAAAAGAGAGCUUCGUGCCUAAGAACUUCAUGAGAUUUAACCGGCCCUGCCUCUCCUUGCUAUCCAACUUCUCUGGGGUUUCAUGGCCAGUGGCCAGAGCAGAGCUAUCUAACUCAGAGUUGGUGUUCAAUAAAUGUGACUAUUCUAAAUCUAUUAUUACAGCACCAUCCAGCAGAAAACCAGGAGAUCCCCUUGUCAUAUCAGAUAUCAAGAAAGGCAGUGUGGCACACAGGACUGGCACCCUGGAACUGGGGGAUAAAUUACUUGCGAUAGAUAACAUCCGGCUGGACAACUGUUCUAUGGAAGAUGCGGUUCAGAUCCUCCAGCAAUGUGAAGACUUGGUGAAGCUCAAAAUCCGCAAAGAUGAAGAUAAUUCAGAUGAGCAAGAAAGUUCCGGAGCAAUUAUUUACACUGUGGAGCUUAAGCGCUAUGGGGGGCCCCUUGGCAUCACAAUUUCAGGAACUGAAGAGCCGUUUGAUCCUAUAAUCAUUUCAAGCCUCACUAAAGGGGGAUUAGCUGAAAGAACCGGCGCAAUCCACAUAGGAGACCGAAUCCUGGCCAUCAACAGCAGCAGCUUGAAAGGGAAGCCUCUGAGUGAGGCCAUCCAUUUGCUACAGAUGGCCGGAGAGACCGUCACCUUGAAGAUUAAGAAACAGACAGAUGCCCAGGCAGCAUCAAGUCCCAAGAAAUUCCCCAUCUCUAGCCACCUGAGUGACCUGGGAGAUGUGGAGGAGGACCCCUCUCUGGCACAGAAGCCAGGCAAGCUCGCUGACACCUACCCCUCCACCGUGCCCAGUGUGGACAGUGCGGUAGACUCGUGGGACGGCUCUGGAAUAGAUAGCGGCUAUGGGAAUCAAGGCUCUGGCUUUCAGGCAUCAGGCUACAGUUUCAACACUUACGAGUGGAGGGGUCCGAAACAGAGAGGUAGCCUGUCCCCAGUCACGAAGCCACGAAGCCAGACCUACCCAGACGUGGGGCUGAGUAAUGAAGACUGGGAUCGGUCCACAGUCAGUGGUUUUACAGGGGCUCCCGACAGUACGGACGCUGAACAAGAGGAGAACUUCUGGUCCCAAGCGCUGGAGGACUUGGAAACCUGUGGACAGUCGGGAAUUCUGAGAGAACUCGAGGAGAAAGCUGACAGGCGUGUGUCUUUGAGAAACAUGACUCUCUUGGCAACGAUCAUGUCGGGGAGCACGAUGAGUUUGAAUCAUGAGGCCCCAACACCUCGCAGUCAGCUGGGGCGACAAGCCAGCUUCCAGGAACGGAGCAGCUCGCGGCCGCAUUAUAGCCAAACAACGCGGAGCAACACCCUGCCCUCCGACGUGGGCAGGAAGUCUGUCACCCUGAGGAAAAUGAAACAAGAAAUAAAGGAGAUCAUGUCCCCAACUCCUGUGGAGCUGCACAAGGUGACCUUGUACAAGAGCUCCGAUGUGGAAGAUUUUGGGUUCAGCGUAGCAGAUGGCUUGCUGGAGAAAGGAGUAUAUGUCAAAAACAUUCGCCCAGCUGGGCCAGGAGACCUGGGUGGCUUAAAACCCUAUGACCGACUCUUACAGGUUAAUCACGUCCGAACGAGAGACUUUGACUGCUGCCUUGUUGUGCCCCUCAUAGCAGAAUCUGGUAAUAAGCUGGACUUGGUUAUUAGUAGAAACCCACUGGCCUCACAGAAGUCUAUAGAACAGACUCUACCAGGAGGAGAAUGGAGUGAACAGAACAGCGCUUUUUUCCAACAGCCUAGUCAUGGUAGUAAUUUGGAGAUACGAGAACCCACUAACACAUUAUAGCAACGCUUUUUAUAAAGCAGGACAAAAGACAAUAUCUACAUGGUGCUAAAAUAUCCCUUUCAGAUUUCUGUGGCAUUUAAAGCACAGAUAAUCACGUGGCAUUAACUGCAAGCACAGGGGUCUUUUAAAUCUCUCUCAUGGCUCAUGUUCACUUCCCCUUUCAAGCGGAAGAGGUUUCUUUCUUGGUGACCACUAUGGUAUAUGGCAGCCAAUUCCCUGCCAAGCCCAAUGGUAGAGAAAAAGAAAAGUAGACAGGCUACCCCUCCCCCCAGUUAACAUCAGAGGAAAUUUUUUACAAGUUCAUCUUCCAAUCACUUUUUGAAAAGAGAAAUGUCUGUUUGAAACUGUUCUCUAUGACAAUUUCCUUAAUUCACUUUGAAAUCAGUUUCUUACCGUGAAGUCGUUAACGUUAAGAACUUGACCAAGUCUUUCCACAAAGCUGGCUCUCCUAGGGGAACCCGAGUUUGAGAUGUGGCCGGGGACUGCUGCCAUGGGAGGGGUACAGGUGUAACAUUAAAGUUCUCUUAAAACGUUUCAGCGAUGAUGCACGUAGGAGACCAUAAUAGGUGGUGGUAAAUGUUUUGCCCCAAUAUAGGAAUGAUCUUAACUAAGAUGUAUGCUAUUCCCUAUGCAACAAACUAACAAACAGGAUAUGUCUUGUGACCUGUUUUUUUGUUUUUGUUUUUUUUAAGGACACAUUUUUAAUAGCUGCAAAUCUCUGAUAAUGAAUUAGAGUGCUUAGGAACACUGAGAAUGAGUUAUCUUAUUUUUAAAAUUCAGGACUAAGAACUUAAGAGAGAAUGAAGAGUCUAUUAAAAUGAGGUUUAUCUUAAUGAUAGGCAAAUCAAACUCAUCUUGCUUGACAUGUUUGGAAAACUGUUUAUAGAGGGGUGUACAGGACACGUACUUUAAAAUGACACUGGACUAUCUUUUGUUCUGAGCCAUGCCACUUCUCGAAAUUGUAAAUACAUCUUUCACAAAAUGCAUUGCCAAUUAUUACCAUCCCUCAAAGCAAUAAAUUGUGACAGUUGCUUUUAAUGUUUGUCAGCAACUGUUCUCAUUUGUUCAGAUAUUUUGAAUAGUUACACUAAUAACUGUUAUUUGGUGAAUAUUGAAAAAAAGAUAGAUCUGUAUAUGGAUUGUAGAAUCUCCAUAUUGAAAUGAUUAUUUUGCAAACAUCUUCAUUUUGGUCAAUAAUUCAAACGACUGCUUAGGUAAAGCAUUUGAACACUGUGUCCUUUGUUUAAGGAAAAAGUUCACCUUUCUUUUUGUGCAAAGAAAUAUAUUAUUUCAAUCAUAUGUCACAACCCGCCAGGGCAAGAAAGUAUAAAGCAGAAUCAUGUUAAGAAAAAAAAAGAAAAAAAAAGAUCAUGAGUCACUUAAAUAUGUAUUUUUAUUUGUAACAAACAAGUAUUAAGCUGUAAAGUAUUUUUGUACAAAUUUAAUACUUUAAUAGCAUGGUAUUUAUCGUCUAUGUAUGGUUUUGGGGACUUCAAAAUUGUUGCAAAUAUUUGUAUGGAAAAAAAAACCCUCUACCAAAUGGAAUAAAAAGUGAUUUUGAAAAGCCAAAA